CCUCUACGGUCUACCAAGUGAAGUAAGAUUCAAUAUAUUAUUCAAGUGUUCACUGUACACAGUACUUUUUCUUUAAUUAUCAUUCUUCUUUUUUUUUUUUAACACAGUAAAUAAAUAAUACAGUAACCAUUAAAAAAUUCGAAUAUGAACGACACCACCAUUAAAUUUAAACCCCGCCACUCCCACCACCACACCGCAUUCCACCAACCCCACUUCUCCGACAUGUCAAACGUCAUCGUUCUUGACAACGGCGGAGGCUACAUAAAAGCCGGCCACGGAGGCGAGCGUGACCCAGUUACAAUAAUACCCAAUUGUCUCUACCGUCCACUCUCUUCAAAAAAAUACCUCCACCCAUCUCCGGCCACCACAGAAGACCUAACCUCCGCCGCAAUCCGCCGCCCAAUAGACCGCGGCUACUUAAUAAACCCAGACCUACAGCGUGACAUAUGGAACCAUUUAUUUACUUCACUUCUACAAAUAACCCCAUCAACCAGCUCACUGUUAUUAACUGAGCCUUUAUUUACUCUGCCUUCAAUUCAACGAGCUACUGAUGAGCUUGUUUUUGAAGAUUUUGGGUUUAAUAAGCUUUUUAUUGCUGAUCCGCCCAAGUUGGUGCAUUUGUAUGAAGCUAGUAGAAGGCCUUAUUGUUUGUUUUCUAAGGCUCAGUGUAGUUUAGUUGUUGAUUGCGGGUUUUCUUUUACUCAUGCUGCUCCCGUUUUUCAAAAUGUUACCCUUAAUUAUGCUGUGAAAAGGAUUGAUUUGGGUGGGAAAGCUUUGACUAAUUAUUUGAAGGAGUUGGUUUCUUAUAGGAGUAUUAAUGUUAUGGAUGAGAGUUUUAUUAUGGAUGAUGUUAAGGAGAAAUUGUGCUUUGUUUCUCUUGAUGUUGCCCGCGAUUUGCAGACCGCUAGAAAACGUGGAGGGGACAAUUUAUUGCGGUGCACUUAUGUUCUUCCUGAUGGUAUUAAUCAUACUAAGGGUUUUAUUAAAGACCCAGAUGAAGCAAUGAGAUAUCUGACUGCUGGGGCUACUCCAUCUUUAGAAACAAAGAAUGGUCUGGAUCAGCCUGAAUCUUCUGAAAAGCUUGUGGAUAGAAAGAAAACUGAUAUAUCAAAAAAUGAGUUUGACUUGACGAAUGAACGGUUCCUUGUUCCAGAAAUGAUCUUCCACCCUUCAGAUUUAGGUAUGAACCAAGCAGGAUUAGCAGAAUGCAUUGUUCGAGCAGUCAACGCCUGCCAUCCUCUUCUACAACCUGUACUCUAUGAGAGCAUUAUCUUAACUGGUGGGAGCACAUUAUUUCCAAGAUUUGCUGAAAGACUCGAAAUGGAACUCAGGCCUCUGGUCCCAGAUAACUAUAGAGUGACAAUAACCAUGCAAGAAGAUUCCCUACUUGGUGUAUGGCGAGGCGGGUCACUUUUGGCAUCGAGUCCUGAAUUUGAAGCUAUGUGCGUUACCAAGUCUGAGUAUGAGGAGCUGGGAUCUGCUCGAUGUCGUAGGAGAUUCUUUCAUUGACAACUAACUGCUGAUUGCUGAAGAUUGACAUACAUUUUGAGUGUCGAGAAGGCUCGUCUUUUGGGGGAGUUGACAAGACAAAUUUUAGUAUCUUCUCUAACCAAAAUUUUCUGGGCGCUAGGAGUGAUCUAUUAUGAUGAAAAUGCAAACGCCCCUUGAUGUAUAAAAGAGUUGUAAAGCCAAAUAAUUCAUUCUUUAAUUUUCUUGUACAGCUUAAUUAUUAAUAAAGGACAAAUGCUAAAUGCAAAAAUGAAGCUGGAAAUAUAUGAGUAGGGAUCUUCAAAUGGUUUUUUUCA